CUUCAUUAUAAUCAUAUUAAAAUAGCCUGAUCAUUGAAAGAUCAGUUUAUUUGGACGGAGAUUCCGAUGUGAAUUAGAAAAAGUUCAGAAAUGUGGAAGUGGUUCAUUUUGUUAUGGUUAUCGCAAUGGAGAACUUUAUCGUCAGAACCUCUGAUAAGCGAGAAUAUAAGAGAGUCCAGACAAUUAAAUUUUGCUGAGUGUUGUCCCUGUCACGAGUCACAAACAAGCGCUGAUUACGAUGCUAUGGAAGCAGCAACGACUCUUGACAGCUGUCCUUGUCAGUCGGCACUAGAUUCUGAAUCGGCCCCAUCAAUCUUCAUACCUACUGUGAGAGCAGUCGAACCAUUUAUGAGAUCAAGUGAAGUAAAAACUCCUAAGCCUCUUUUGAAACCUGAAGUAGGACUUGCAUCUUCUGUUUUGGAAACUUUACAGGAAGUAACGGACCAAGAAUAUCAAGAAGCAUUGGUUAGAGAUGCUACAAGAACUGCACUUAAUGAUAGAGAGGAAAACCUGUUAGAACCAGAAAUGGAUAAUAUACCGAGAAAUAUAGUUAACAUUAUCUUGCAACCAAAAGAUGGGCAUACGAUAGAUGAUGUAAUGCCAGAAGCAUCGCAUGUACAAGAAACACGUUGCGUUCAUCCACCUUUAAGUAGAGCCAAUAGUUUUGACCAAAUGAGGCUUAAGCCAAGAAACAACCUGUUAGGAAAAGCUUUUCCUUCGUCAACAGUGAAAAGUGGUAAAAAAUAUUUUGAUAUGGCAAACAGUGCGAGUGAUAUUCAAGAACAUAAGAUGCCUCUAAAAAGUAAUAUUAUAGAAGAUUUAAAAUUAAAAUCUGACUUACUAAAGAUGAAACUCUUUUCAAACGUUAAGAAUAGUUUAAAAGAUAAUUCUAAUACAUUAAAUCAAUUUGAUAAGCAAUCUAAAAAUAAAAAUUCUAAUGAGAGUCAUACCAAACGUAUUCCUAAUUAUAAAUUUGGUUCGCUCUUAGAUUACUUAAAAACGUCGAAACAAAAAAAUAAUCUACCGUUGAAAGAAACCAAUAAAAAGUCAGAAGAUAUUUCAUCUUCACCAAGUAAUCCUCAAAAUUAUUACUUUAGAAACAAUGAAAAUAUACACCAACUAUACGAAAAUGAUAAAUCAUUACUACAUGCAGAAGACUUGAUAAAAGAAAAUCCAAAUUCAAGAGAAAAGUAUUUAAAUGAUAAGUUUAUAGAAACACAAAAAUCAGUAAUUAAAGAUAAUGAAAAAAACAAUUGUGAUGUAAACCUCUCUAAUGCAAACAAUUUUAAAGAAACAACAUAUAUUAAAAGUGAUGAAAGUAUGGAUGCAGAGACGAGUCCGACUGAACUAAAUACUAGUGUAGUGGAUAUAUCUAUUAAAAAACUAAGCUCAAAAGAAAAAUAUUUCAACGAAGAUAGGAAAAGUGACAUGUAUCCUAGUACAACAUUCAAUAACAAUAUGCAAAAUCAAAUUUCUGUUAAAGAAACUGUACCAGGAGACUAUGACGUAGAAGAAAAUAAAAACAAAAAUGAAUUUAUGACUAAAAAUGGAGAAAACGAUGAAUUUGAAUAUGAAAGUAGCGACGGACACUCAUGUGACGCUGAUGAGGCUGGAUCAAGUGAUGUCUUUGAAAUUGCUAACAUUCCACAAACAAAGGAAAAAAACAGCGUUGAUAAUGUCAAUGAUUUUGAUAUACACGAACAGAAACUAUUAAAUACUGCAACAUUGUCACUAACAACGACAGAAAAAAGCUUUGUAAACUAUGAUAUUUUUAAAUCAAACGACAAUAAAAUAUUUCCAAAUAUAAAGACCGACGUCCUUAAAACGUUAGAAAAAAUUAAAAAUGCAAAUAUAAAAAUCCAAGAUAAACUGCGAUUAAAUGCACAAAAUGUUCAAAAUUUUGAUGUGAUAAAUAAUUCUUCGACAGAAAUAGAACCGAGUACUUUUAAAAUAUCUAAAAAUGAUACUGAAGAAAACUAUACUAAUAAGAGUAACAAUAUAAAUACUCAAGAUUUACAGGAAAUGUCAGAUCGUAUACUUAAUUUAAGUUUAGCUAAUGAAAAGUUAGUAGAACCAUUGGUAUCGGAUUCUACGGUUAGUAUAAAUAACAAUACAAAUGUCGAUAUGGAUAACGAAAUAUCACCAUCGGAAUCAAAAAAUACUAUAAUAUCCACAAAUAAUAUAAAUAAAAUGAAAAAUCCAACUUAUUCCUCAUCAAAUUCACUAUUAAAAAGUUCUGAUAACAUUGAAAAUAUAGUGGAAACAUUUCAUGAAAUAGAUAAAAAUCAAGAUAAAAUCAAUACUGAUGUAAUCGAUUCUACAUCUACAAAAAAUCUAUGUGAAAAUAUAACUCCUAAAUUUCCCAAUAACAACGAAGUAAGUUCAUCAAAUGAUCAAGAGAAAGAAAUGAUGUCGCAAGCUAGUAGCCCUUUUGUAAACAGUGUACGCCAUACUAAUCGAGAUUUUGUCGUUCAACCUGAAUCGAAUUUAAAUGUAAAAGGAUUUCUGGAUAACCUUAAGUCUUCAUUAUCAGAUAUUUUUAAUAAUGAUGAAAAUAUAAAUGCCAACAAAGGUGGUGACAAUAAUAAUAAUAAUUCAAAUAAAAAUUCAAUAUAUUUAGAAAAACCUGAACAAAAUAAUUUAAAUAGAUCACCAUUCAGUUUAAAUGAACCUAAAAAUAUUGAUACGGUCAAAAGCUAUUCUCAAACGAGAACUCGCGAUAAUAUAUCGAAUUGGGAUAAAAACAAUCGCUUACAGUCUUAUAAAGCUAGAGUACCUAGCCCAGAUUCACUUAAUUUAAAAACAGUACCAUCAUUAUCUAAUAGAAAACAAGAUAUUUCACAAGGGCCAUUAAAAGAUGAUGCUGAGGUAAGGUCAGCAAGUACAAUCUUUCAAUAUCCAGUGGAAAUACCGAGUUCUUCUAGGUUAAAAAUUCCGACUAACAAUGGCAAAAAAAAUUAUGAUUCCGUUUUUAAUUUACAAAAAACUCAAGACAUCUUACCAGCUACUGAAUCUUUAAACACAUUUUCGGAAAACUUCAAAUCAAGAACAGAUGAUGCUUUAAGAAAUAUAAAAGAGUCUAUUGAUGACUUACGAAGAUCACACAUAACAAAUCAGAAUAAUUUAGUAGGGGAACCCCAAACGCGUCAAAACAUAUUUCGGGCUAAUAUACAACCAAAUGAUCUUGAAAAAAAAUUACAGAAUUUCAAUUCAGAUUUAAAGGACAGACUUUUGCAAGUGUCGCAAAGAAUACCAGAUAUUUUGCACUUUGACGACAAGUCUGCUUUACAUGCAAAAAAUAAAUUAACAAAUCUCAAUAAUAGAAUGAAAAGUAAUUCGAAAUAUAAACCUCAAGUUAAAAGCAAUGAUUUACCAAAAAGCAGAACGAAUUUAGCGUUAAAACCAUAUACAUCGCAAUCAAUUUUAGGUUCAAGUAAGAAGGGAACAUCAAAAUCAAGCUUAAAUCUCUCUCCGAAUAUUUUAAAUGCUAAUUUAAGAAAAUUCGAAGAUUCUUUACAUUUGGGUCAUAAAAUUGAAAGUAAAAGUCCUCUAAGAAAAGAAAUUAAACGUAAGCCAUUAAAAGAAAACAAAGUAACCUUUUCUUUUACUACAUCUCGCCCGGAAAUAACCAAAUUAAGACCAAAUCAAAAAAUAUAUAAUAAGCUUACACCAGAAACUUUGCGAUCCUUGAUUAAGUUACCAAAAACAUCAUAUAAAACUCCAUUACAGAACGGUCUUGAACCUAAGUCAAAAUUAAAACCUGAUGAACUAAAACAUGCAGCAAGUAACCAAUUUACAUCACACAUUGCACCGGAUUGGAAAUUAGAUAAUUCCAAAACAGCAGCAUUUUCUUCUUUGGAAGAAUCCGUUAGUGAUUUAUGUGACGACAAUACUAAUCCAAAAAAUAGUGGAUUUUACUUAAAAAAUGUACCAGAAAGUAAUGAACCUAAAAAUGUAUUGUUGUCUAAAAUGAGAGAUGCCGUCAAAGCCAAAAAUAUGCCAUCAGGUAGCGAUUUAAAUAAAAAGUUUUUAUAUAACAGCAGUAAUAAUUUGAAAUCGAUAGCUCUACCAGAUGCAAAGCAAUCAGCUUCUAAUAAUAUUAAUACAGCUACACCAAGUUUUACAGAUAGACCUUUAAAGGAAAACGUUUCAUACAAAUGUAAAAUGAUCUGUUUUGAGGAUAAUGAAGAUUCCAAAUAAUAGAGGCGAAAAAAAUUACGACAAAAAUAUUUAUAUGUUGUAAAUAAAGUCUACCAAGUGCAUAGCUGUUAAGAUAGUUAAAUUUUAUAUGUAAGAAUUUAACUUGUAAUAAAAUACUAU